AUGGCGGCGCUGGCCAGCGGCUUGAUCCGGCAGAAGCGGGAGGUUCGAGAGCCGGGCACCAGCCGUCCGGUGGCGGCCCAGAGGCGGGUCUGCCCCCGAGGAACCAAGUCCCUCUGCCAGAAGCAGCUCCUCAUCCUGUUCAGCAAGGUCCGGCUGUGCGGGGGCCGCCGGGCGAGGCUCCAGAAGGCGCCCGAGCCCCAGCUCAAAGGCAUUGUCACGAAACUCUUCUGCCGUCAGGGUUUCUAUCUCCAGGCCAAUCCCGAUGGGACCAUCCAGGGGACCCAGGAAGACACCAGCACCUUCACCCUCUUCAACCUGAUCCCCGUGGGGUUACGCGUAGUCACCAUCCAGAGCGCCAAGUCGGGUCAAUACAUGGCGAUGAACGCGGAGGGUCUGCUGUACGCCUCGCCUCACUUCACGGCUGAGUGCCGCUUCAAGGAGUGUGUCUUCGAGAACUACUACGUCCUCUACGCCUCGGCCCUGUAUCGCCAGUGUCGCUCCGGACGCGCUUGGUACCUGGGUCUGGACAAGGAGGGCCGGGCCAUGAAGGGGAACCGGGUCAAGAAGACCAAAGCCGCGGCCCACUUCCUGCCCAAGCUACUGGAAGUGGCCAUGUACCGGGAACCAUCGCUCCACAAAGUCCCUGAGUCACCCCCUACCCAGGAAGAAACGCCCCUGGCAGCUGAGCCCCUGGAGACGUAGCCCCCAGGAUCGGGCCCGCCCCACUCGCCCCUCUCCCUCCCACAGACACAGCCACGCGGGCCCUGGAGGGGACCUCAUCCACCCCGCCAGCCUCUCCUCCCCCACAUCGCCCUCCCAUCCUGCUUGGGGCCCCAGAACCUUCUGGGUUUGGAUGGACUCACAAAAAAGGCGGUCCAGUCUUCUCUCGUCCAGGUGGGGACUCUGACUCAUGGGGGGACCGGAGGAGAAGGAGAAGGAGGAGGAGGAGGAGGAAACCAAGAACGAGUUUUCCCUCAGCCUUCUUUCCCAGCUUCACCCUGGCCCUCCGUUCCCCCUGCCUCCCCAAAGCCCACUUUGUCAGAGACGGGCCCGCAUUUUGGAUCAGGAGAGAACCCCGUUCUAGAUCGUCAAGGUGUGCGGACCUCAGCCCAGGUCCCCCGUCUGGUUUCCGGAGUCUGUUCGAGGUCACCACCGGCAUGUUCGCGGGUUGCGUGGAGCCCUCGUUGAGGUCUACAAACCUGGAUGCGCCUCUGGAAUGUUCUCCGCCCAGACGUCUCCCGCUUCUGGAUCAUUACCCAAUCUGUUUUCUCAACUCCGUUCCUGGAUCGCCGCAGACUUACAUCCUUGGAGCGAUUCCGACGCUCAAAGAAUCGCGGCCGAUUCUAGAUCACAGCAGAGCCACAGUCCGGUGCUGGACUGAGCCCAGUUCUAGAUCACCAGAAGCCUCCCUCCUCGGUCCAGAAGGACCGGGGUCUAGACCGCUCCGGCCCUCGGUUCUAGAUCGCAGCAGAGCCAUAAUUCGGGGAGGAACUGAACUUCGUUCCAGGGCAUCGCAGGCCUCCCUUCUGGGUCCGGGAGGACACCCCCCUCCCGGCCCCCUCCCCCAGCUCUAGACCACCUGGUUCUAGAUCACCACUGAGCCAUAGUCUUGGACCACCCUGGGCCUCGUCCCAGAUUAUCGCAGCCCUCCUGUCCCAGGUCAAGAGGACCCUGGUUCUAAACUACCUAGUCUAGAUCACAAUAGAGCCAUAAUUUCCGUCCCAGCGGAUCUCAGUUCUAGGUUGCAGCUCAAGUCACCUCUUCUCCCUGGCUGGAGCUGGAUUCUGGGUAGCCACGGUCUUGCUCCAGACUGAGCAUGGUUCUAGACCCAUCCCACAAGGGUAUCCAGGGCCACGGGGCUCUUGAGAGGCUAGGUGCUCUCGAUCCGGACCAAGCCACGUACUUGAUGCACCAAGAGCCACCUUAGAGUGUUUGUUGUUAGUUUCUUAGCUAGUUUUCUAAAAAUCUGGUUCUUCCA